AUGUUCGGUGCAUUCGAGAUACCACCGGAACGUUUGAAACAAACAACGCCGUACUGGUUCUUUGUUCAUGGAUCUGAAAAGCAUAUCGCAAGCGCAAAGUUCAUCAACAUUGAUGGCAAGUUUAGCAAGAUCCCGUCUGGAUUUAAACAGCUCUACUAUGUAUCAUCAAAGGAUCAGGCCACGUCUACUCAAAUUCCUCUCUUUUUCGCAUUGACAGAUGCCAAAGAUCAAGCUAUGUACGAAGAGCUUUUCACCGCGUGCAAAACCAAAGGUCUAAACCCAGAUUACGUGAACACUGUCGCGGAAAUGCUGGGAUGCCACAGACACUUCAAAGUUGCGAUUCACAAAAAACUCAAUAAAGUUGUCACAACAGACGUAGCUGAUACAGCGGAAUUUUUGAAUUUAAGAAAGACACUUUAUGGUCGGUGUCUUGCACCAUUUGAUAAAUUGGAUAACUGGUUCAAUCUGUUGAAGGUUCGAACGCAGAACUUACAUCCAAAGAUUGAUGGUAGUGUUAUAGGUUAG